AUGGGAAGAGGGAGAGUUGAGUUGAAGAGGAUAGAAAACAAGAUCAACCGUCAAGUUACUUUCUCCAAAAGAAGAAAUGGUUUACUCAAGAAAGCCUAUGAACUCUCAGUUCUAUGUGAUGCUGAAAUCGCUCUUAUCAUUUUCUCAAGCCGUGGAAAACUCUCUGAAUUUGGAAGCUCACCUUCUGGCAUCGGAAAAACUCUGGAAAGAUACCAGAAGUGUUCUUUUACUUGUCACAAUGAUAAUGAUAAUGCUAAUGAACAUGAAACUCAGAACUGGUAUCAAGAGAUGUCAAAGCUAAAGGCAAAGUAUGAGUCUCUUCAAAAGGCACAAAGGCAACUGCUAGGGGAAGAUCUUGGACCACUAAACAUAAAAGAGCUACAAAACCUUGAGAAACAGCUUGAAGCAGCUUUAGCACAAGCUAGGCAUAGGAAGACACAAAUUAUGAUUGAACAAAUGGAAGAGCUUAGGAAAAAGGAACUCCGCCUUGGAGACAUAAAUAAGCAACUUAGGUUCAAGCUUGAAUCUGAUGGAUUUAAUCUUAAAGCUAUUGAAAGUUUGUGGAGCUCUAGUAAUUCUGCUGCUACUAUUGCUGGAGGAUGCAACUUUCCUUUUCAGUCUUCUGAAACCAAUCACAUGGAUUGUCAACCUGAACCUUUCUUGCAAAUAGGGUACCAACACUAUGCUCAUGCUGAACCAUCAAGUGCUCCAAAGAGCAUGGUUGGUGAGAAUAGCUUUAUCCAAGGACAAGGAUGGAUCCUUUGA